AUGUUGUUGCUCAGAAAGAUCUGCUUUCUUCUCUUUCUGAUCCUCGACCUUUCCUUUGCGGCAUUAAUACAAGUAUACCGGGACACCUCGGCACCAAACCUUGCAGGCAGCGCGGACUCCGUCUACCUCUGGAGCGCGGUCGCUACGUUCAACCAAUACGUCACAAACGGCCAACUGGUGCAAAUAGCCGAAGAUGGCUUCAAAUCCAUGCUCUUGAACGCAUGGGGCAGCGUGGACCCAAACCGGAUUCCACUGGUCAUGACAGCGAUUGUACACGAAAAUGAAAAUAAGCAAUGGGACGUUUACCUCGCCUCGUCAACCAAAGGCAAAGAGUCUUUGGUAUACCAAGUCACGAAGUCAUCUCGCGGAAAGCAGCGAUGCGGUGUCGUGUGGGAGACAGUUCCUGUAUCGUUGAAGAACGCGCUUGAUACGUGCAGCCGGGAAACCGGGGUGGGACAACACCAGUUCGACGCCAAGUGCGGUGAGAUGACUGCCCUCUUGGAGAUAGCUUCAAAAACUGGACAAGAUCCACGGGAUAUAGCGGCUAGUUCCAGGAUUGUGACCUGGCAGGGCUACUAUGACGACGAAGGAGUUUACGAGAGAGGCCGUAUUAAGGCACCUUGCUGGUCAGAAGGGAACUUUGGAUGCAGAGAUACUCUGCGCGCCCUUGCGUCCAGUAUCCAGGUCGUUAAUACGGGUCGCCAGAGCUACGCCAACAAUCAGCCCGUGGGGAUUUCUUUCCAGCCUAUAUUUCCUGGAUACGAGACGGGUGCACAACGACGACCCAGUUGA